AUGCCAGAGCCGAUAUGGAGUCAACCAUCUCAACUAUAUGUACCGUUCUCUUCAAGGUUGUUGCUGGAGAACAGGUAUAGCUGGGCUUUGGAAAUGUCAGAUUCAGAAGUCGACUUACUCUCUGACCCCUCUCAGAAAUUCAUACCGCAAGAAGACGACGAGGAGACGCUCUGGGAGGUCACAGAAAUCCUAGAUGAGAAGAAAACCCAGUACAAGGUGCGAUGGAAGGGGAACGAUCCGAAGACGAUGAAGCCUUGGAAGCCAUCUUGGGUGGCCAAGCAUGACUGCACGGACGACCUGGUUCGGGAGUGGAAGAGGAAGAAGCAGGAGAAGCAACAGCGUAAAUCCGCUGCGAAACGAGGACGUACUUCGACUGCAUCCAAACGCGCUUCCACCGCGUCAACGGUCAAGCAACCUCUUUCCAAAGCCACUAUUUUGUCAACAUCCACCAGAACAACAGUGGAUGAGGCCACAAACCGACGCCGUCGCUCUAAUGCUGCUACUUCACGCUCUACGGAGACAGCUACACCGAAGAAACCUACACGAGACGCUAUGCACGAAGACGAGGAAGAGAAUGAGAUUAUUCAGCCUCAGAAACCUACGAAAGCUCAGAAGGGGACGAAACGAAAGCGUGUCGAAGCCAACAGCGCUAAUUCAUCUGCAAACCAGGUCUCAGGGCGUGGAGGCACCGUUGACGUCGAGGUUUCGGACGACGCAGGGACUACGAAGAAGGGGAAGACACCUGUUCCUGCUAGCCGCCCGUCUAAGAAGCGCAAGGUGGAGGUGUCAGGGUUCUCACUGGCAACGGCCAGCAUUCUUGCGAUACGGCAGGAGGAGGACGAGGAAGAGGAAAGGAUGGUCGAGGAUGCGCUUUCGGAGGGCCUACCGAGUCCGACGCGCAAUUUGGAACAUGAUAUGAACAUCGAGGAGCACUUCGUGUACCCUGACGAACAGGAUGUCGUGGAACCUGAAGAACCGCAACCGACGAAGAAUAAGGGCAAGGGCAAAGCUAGGGCUGUACCCGACGACGAAGAGGAUGACGAGGAUGAAUCUCCGAAAGCCACAAAAGCCCGUCCGUUCUCAUCCAAACGAAAAUCCCCUUUAUUCCGCGCUAGCACCCCGCCUUCUCCACCUCCAGAACGCAGGAUCGGUCCUCCCAAGGGCAAGCGACCAUCUCAAGCCAACGGAACAUCGAAAUCCAACUCCAGGUCCAAAUCAACCUCCAAGGAAGCUGAGGCACCUCCCUCCAAGAAACCUGCGCAGACAGUGAAGAAGCCUCGGGUUGGAACUGAGCGUCCAUACAACCUCGGGUCGGAGACAGAGCACGACGCACCGGGUCUCGAGUGGUUUACAUUGGAGCAGGAUAGCCCACUCGCCAUGCAUUCUGCGUUGAAGCUCGCACCUGCCAACGGCAGCUUCUGGGAGGCUCCGGUCAGCUCGCCGCAACGUGAGCCUGUUCUAUCGCCUGCGGCUUGGCAGAGGCUGGAGCAGUUCGAUGUGGAUGUUGGGCUGAAGAAGGCGAAGCGCAAGGCGGCGUCGGAGAGUGACGAUGGCGAUGGCGAUGAGGUCGAAAUUUUGCAGGAGAGGGAGAGGGCAGACGAGGAGGACAGGCGUUCGCAUUCCACGAGCUCGAAAGGGCCAUACCCUCCUGUAUCUAGCAGGCACUACGACAAACCCACGUCGUCUACAUCUAAGAAUCCUCCCCCCAACAGCAACACCCAACGGCGGCCGACUAACGCACACACCAAUUCCUACAUCACCGACGUCGUGCCCGAGACUGACCAGGAGCAAUCUCAAUCUCAAUCGCAAGAAAAGGAACAGCCCCCUGCAAACCCGCCAUCUACCCCGCAAGGCAAACCCACACUAAAGUCACGUAUGAAGCCACGAACACCCCUCUCUCGUCACUCCUCGAGUGCACAGAUCGAGGACAACGCUAAUGGCAAGGCUCUUCGACCCAUCCCGAUGCUCUCGCCCUCCACCUUCCAUCCUCUCAUGCAGCUUGACUCUUCGUUGCCAGACAGCAUCAUCGAGUCGGCAGACAGCCACGAAGACAACCACCACGAUGGAGAGGAAGAAGAUGCCCCGAUGAGCUCUAUCGAGCAGUUUGACUCGCCAGAGAAAGAUAAGCCAAUGCAAGGCCGGAAGAAGGUUCUUCUGCGGAAGGAGCGCGUGGGCGAUCGGAAGGGAAAGGGUAAGGAGAAGCAGCGGGACGAGAAUGCGGACAUUUGGGACUCGGAGCAGGUGGCCAGGCGAGGGCAGGAGCUCGCGGAGGCGGCGAAGAAGAAGCAACGGGCGAAGGUGCGGGCAGAGGGCAGAUCGAGCGCCGAAGCAGACGAGGACGAGCCUCACAAGCGGAAGAAGAAGAGCGUGGAUGAGAUCAUCGCCCGGAGUAGAAGUCGGAGCGAGAGCGUUGGGAGCUCCAAACAUCCUGCUGGAGACGAACAGGAUGAAGAGGAGGAGGAGGGCGUUGCAGACGCAUCUACUACCGUCGUGCCCUCAGGCUCCGGGCCACAGGUCAAUGACGCUAAUGCAGAGGCAGCUCCUCGACUUGCCGCACCCGUUAUGGCCCCCCCGGAACACGAUCUGACGACAUUACAGCAGAUGGAGGACGCCUACGUCGAUUUGAGCGGUGGAGUCGAUGAAACCAUCGAUAACGACUACGAUGCCAAUCCCGCCCCCGUCGAUCUGGAGGAUCUGCGGCAGGAGGAAGAGGAGUCAACUCAGGACCUCAUGGAAGAGGUACGAGCGGCGCAGAUGCAACAGCGACCGAUGCAGGAUGUUGACAUGGACGCUGGCUGGUCAGCUGGGCCCUCCAAGGCUGCUGGGCCUCCCAAGGCUGCUCCUCAGGGCGACGAGGAUGAAGAGGGUGAAUACCGCGAUGAUGUGUCAAUGGUCCCAGAAAUACACAUCGAGAACCCGAGCCGCGAACCGUCGACUCGUUCACUUUCUCCAGAAGAUGACGACCCGCAACCAGUUCAACGAAUGACACGCUCAAGAUCGCGGUCCAAAACCCCUACCGUUGCCAGCAGCAAGGCUAGCAGCAAACCGAAGAGUACUUUGCAAGUACCUGCUGUGAAAGGACCCAGUAGGAGGUCGGCCCAACCUACCACUGCAAGAUCGCGGUCUAAGAGUCCGAACCUCAAGCAGCAGGUGGAGGAGACCAUCCCUGAAAGCCGCCUCGAGGAGGAACGCUCUCGGAGUGAAACACUCGAACAGGAGCUCACUUCCAUUCGGAAACAGCUCCAGCAGCUCAAGGAGUCCACCAAGAGCAAGGAUGCUGAAACAAUCAAGCGUUUGUCUGAAAUCCAAGUCCUGUGGAACAGCGAGAAAGCGGAAUGGGCCACCGAACGCACUCAGCUCAUCGCCCGUGCCGAGUCUGCGAACAAGAGCAAGGAUAUCGAAACUACCAAGCUAGUAACGGAACUCCAAGCCCUCUGGGCCGGCGAAAAGGCAGGAUGGGAGACGGAACGUUCCCAGCUCAUUGCCCGCCUUGAAUCCGCGACGAAGGGCAAGGAAUCUGCGGAGAAGGACCGCGACUUCUUCCGAGAGCAGUACGGACAAGCUUCAGGGUUCGUCAACGCCAUUCGUGAUGAGAACAAGGACCUCGAGAAGAGGGCACAGAUUGCAGAAGGGCAGGCGGAGUCGGGCGUCAACCUUGUCAAGUCAACCUUCCAGCUACGUAUCAAGACCCUCGAGGACGAUGCCAAGGUGUGGCGCAAGAUGGCUGAGUUCGCUAUCGAGAAGGAUCGACGGACAAACGACGACAUACGUCGUCGUGCAGCGGAAGAACCUGGACUCCGAGCGCGUUGUGAGGAGCAAGAAAAGGACAUCGACGAACUUCAUAAUCACCUUGAGCUCACCGAGAUCGAGCUGCAGGAGAAGGAACAAGACGUGUCUCGGGUCAAUGCAGAGCUGAUGCAGUGGAAGAAGGAAACGACGCGGCUUACAGGAGAACUGAACGAGGCGCUGACCAAGCUGGAUCGGAUUGGGAGAGCUGGCGAUGAGGAUAGCCAGGGCAACGGGCAUGAGUUCGUGUACCGGUGCCAGUGGAGGCUGGACGGAAACAACGAAGCUUGCCCUGAAACUUUUCUGACUCUUGCGGAACUUGAGGACCAUCUAUUUACUGGGGCACAUCUGCGAUCCACGUAG